GGCAUUUAAAUGUUGGCCAAUCAUUGCGAAUUUAUUCUAGCACGGAAAAUACAGUUCAUAGAGAUUUAAUAUAAAUAUGGAUUUAGGGAGAAGGUUGCCAAUAAACAUAGGCUCUCAAGUUUAUAUUAAACGUCGAUUUUUGUAAAACGAAUUAUGAAGCUUUUGCAUUUUGUGCUGUUUUAUAUCCUGUAUGACAUCACGGGGGCAAAGGCCAACAUGGAUGCCAUUUUAAAUGCCAUGAAGCAAUGCAAUGAUAAAUUUCCAGUAUCCCAGGAAGAAAUGGAGAAGCUUAUGCACGAGGUGCAUGAUGACGUCAGUGAUAAUUUCAAGUGUCACAUUAAAUGCAUCAUGGAAUUGGAGGAGACUUUUGAAAAUGGAACAUUUGUGGACGAGAACUUUGUGAAAGAAGUUAUGGAAGUGCCGUUGCUGAAAGAUCAUCAAGCUGACAUCAAAACUGCCACAGACGAGUGCAAGAAGCAGCACGGGCUCAACGAUUGUGAUACAGCCUAUGAAAUAGCAAUGUGUAUUUAUGGACGACUUCCUGAAGAGUUGGCAACUGGAUUGCUGUCAAUGUUGUGAACAAUAUUGUUUCCACAAGAGAAUACAAUUCUAUACUAAUCUAUUAAUUUUAAAUUAUAUAUUAUAUUAUUGAAUAAAAGAAAACGAUUGCUGGACAUUAUCUACAAAUCGAAAAUAAAACAA